ACUCUUGCACGGUGGUCAUUGUGAAAAUGUACUGAAGGGAGUUUCCUCAGAAGGCAGCCAUGGAGAAAAUGGCUAGGGUGACCACUGCCCUUGGUGGCAAUACUAUCACUGGGCGCACCAUGUUCUGCCACUUGGAUGCCCCUGCCAACGCUAUUAGUGUGUGUCGCGAUGCGGCCCAGGUGGUGGUAGCUGGGCGCAACAUCUUUAAGAUCUACUCCAUAGAAGAAGACCAGUUUGUGGAGAAACUGAACUUACGCGUGGGCCGCAAACCGUCCCUGAACUUCAGCUGCGCAGAUGUGGUGUGGCACCAGAUGGACGAGAACUUGCUGGCCACAGCGGCCACCAACGGCGUGGUUGUGACCUGGAACCUUGGCAAGCCGUCCCGUAAUAAACAGGACCAGCUCUUCACAGAGCACAAGCGGACUGUUAACAAGGUGUGCUUCCACCCCACUGAGGUGUACAUGCUUCUCAGCGGGUCCCAGGAUGGCUACAUGAAAUGCUUUGACCUGCGCAAGAAAGAUUCUGUUAGUACCUUCUCAGGUCAGUCGGAAAGUGUCCGUGAUGUCCAGUUUAGCAUCCGUGAUUACUUCACGUUUGCGGCGACCUUUGAGAAUGGAAAUGUUCAGUUGUGGGACAUCCGCCGGCCCGAUCGCUGUGAAAGGAUGUUCACAGCCCACAACGGGCCUGUUUUCUGUUGCGACUGGCAUCCAGAGGACAGGAGCUGGCUGGCAACAGGGGGCCGGGAUAAGAUGGUGAAGGUCUGGGACAUGAACACGACCCGGGCCAAAGAGAUCUACUGCGUGCAGACGAUCGCUUCGGUGGCCAGGGUCAAGUGGCGGCCCGAAUGCAAGCACCACAUCGCCACAUGCUCGAUGAUGGUGGACCACAACAUCUACGUGUGGGACGUACGCCGCCCUUUCAUCCCUUCCGCCAUGUUUGAGGAGCACAAAGACGUCACCACGGGCAUCGUGUGGCGUCACCUCCACGACCCGUACUUCCUUUUGUCCGGCUCCAAGGACAGCACCCUCUACCAGCACAUCUUCAAGGAUGCCAGCCAGCCUAUUGACCGUGCUAACCCCGAAGGGCUUUGCUACAGCCUCUUUGGGGACCUGGCUUUUGCCGCCAAGGAGAGCUUGAUCUCCUCAGACUCUAACCGCAAGCCCUACGCCGGAGACAGGCGCCACCCGAUCUUCUUCAAGCGCAAGCUGGACCCGACGGAGCAGUUUGAGUAUGUCUCCUCUUCCAGCGCACUGAGCGUCUUCGAAGCGGACACGGAAUGUGAUACUGGGAGCAUGGACUGGUUUGUGCGGACCGCCAAGCAGUACGUGCUGGCGGGGAGACCACUGGCCGAGCUGUGUGACCAUAACGCCAAGGUGGCCAGAGAACUCGGGCGGAACCAGGUCGCUCAGACGUGGACGAUGCUUCGGAUUAUUUACUCCAGCCCCGGCACUGUGUCCUCCGCGAAUCUCAACCACAGUUUAGGGAAGAGUAGCGCUAGCCUCCCGCUCAUGAACAGCUUUAACUUGAAGGAUAUUCCCUCUGGGAUUGGCAGCGAGUCAAGGCUGGAGCGGAGCAAAGGGGAGAGCCGUCCUGAAAACAUCCUCAUGGAUUCCUCCUCUACCCUGAUCAACAAUGACGAGAACGAAGAAACAGAAGGCAGCGAUGUCCCUGCAGACUAUCUCUUGGGGGAUGUGGAGGGAGAUGAAGAUGACCUGUACAUGAUGGAUCAUGAGAAUCCCCAUGAAGAGCAAGAGUACAUCCUUCCCCAGGAAGCCUUUCCCCUGCGACACGAGAUCGUGGACAACCCUUCAGCCCUGGAUCAUCUGCAGGACAAAGCGGACUCCCCUCACGUCAGCGGCAACGAGGCUGAGACCGUGUCCCUGACACCGGUCGAAUCCUUCUCCCUCAUCUCCAUCUCUCACUCGCUGUACGAAAACCGCCUGCCUGCCGACUUCUUCAACCCCAUCGUCCGGGACAUGCUGCUCUUCUACGCCGAACAGGGAGACGUGCAGAUGGCGUCAUCUGUGCUGAUUGUGUUGGGGGACCGUAUCCGGAAGGAGAUUGACGACCAGGCACAGGAGCACUGGUACACUUCCUACAUCGACCUGCUGCAGCGCUUCCAGCUGUGGAACAUCUCCAACGAGGUGAUCAAACUGAGCACAUGCAGGGCCAUCAACUGCCUCAACCAGGCCUCCACCACCCUCCACAUCAACUGCAGCAACUGCAAGCGGCCCAUGAGCAACAAGGGCUGGAUCUGCGACAGGUGCCGGCAGUGCGCCAGCAUGUGUGCUGUGUGCCACCACGUGGUGAAGGGCCUGUUUGUCUGGUGCCAGGGCUGCAGUCAUGGCGGGCACCUGCAGCACAUCAUGAAAUGGUUGGAGACCAGCUCCCAUUGCCCGGCGGGAUGCGGCCAUCUCUGCGAGUACACCUGAACCUGAGAAGGGCGUGGGCGGC